UGAGUUGGGUAUGAUCAUCAUAUUUAUCUACCUCCUUCCUACUUUUAUAAAUUCUAUUGAAGCAUAACAUGCCGACAAAAAAGUGCACAUAUUAUAAGUGUAUAUCUUGACAAAUUUUCACUAAGUAAACACACGCGUGUAACCAGCAUCCAGGUUAAGAAACAACCUUACCAGGACCCUAGACACCCCCUCAGUCCCCUUUUCACUCACGACCUGUUUAUCCUGAGUGUAAACAGUAUCCUGACUUCUUAGAGCAAAGAUUAGUUUUGCCUGUUUUUGAACUUUAUAUAAAUAGAAAUCUACAGAAUAUGCUCUUUUGUAUCGGCUUCUUUCACUGAACAUUAUGUUUGUGAUAUUUGUGUUGUUGUGUGUAGUUGUGAUAUGCCGUUCUCAUUGCUGUAUAAUAAUGUUCUAUUGUAUGAAUAUAGCACAGUUUACCCAUUUUACUCUAGGUGAAUCUUUGGGUUGUUUCCAGUUUUUAACUAUUAAAAAAAUAGUUCUGUGAGUAUUCUUGUACCUGAGUUUUAGUGAACAUAUGUUAGUAUAUACCUAAGAUUCUUUGCUUCUUAAGAAGCAGGCUUUUACAUAUUUUAACUUUUCUUAAACUUGAAUGACUCUUAAAAUUGAUGUGUAAUGUUAUUUCCCUCCCCACCCCAAAAUCUUUUAUUAGUUUUCCCUUAAAAAUCUCCAUUAGAUAAUGGCACAUCAGAAUACAGGAAAUGCUAAUUGCAUCUUGGUGGUAUAAGAUUGAUCAGAUUUGCUUUGAAAAUCAUAGUGAGCUAGAUUCUUCUAAGAAAUGCUUUGGUUUUAAAGCCCUUUUGUAAGUAAUAUCAGUGCCUUUAGACUGUUAAAAUACAGAUAUUUGAUUUUUUUCAUCAGAAAUUAUUCCAGUAAUACAUUUGUACCUAGGAAUGAACAUAAAUUUGUGUUUUACAUUUCUUAAGUGUAUGUUCAGACUAUGUAUAAUGUUUCCUCUCUGUCUCUGUUUUCAAAGGUUCGGUCGUUGUGGGCUUCAGUGAAUGAAACACUCAUGUUUUUGGAAAAAGAGAGAGAAGUUGUUAGUUCAGUCCUUAGCCUUGUUAACCAGUACUCUUUAGAUGGAACUAAUGUUGCUAUUAAUAUUCCAAGGCUCUUACUUGACAAAAUUGAAAAACAAAUGGGUCAGUUACACAUAGGAAAUGUUUAUGAGGCUGGAAAAUUGAACCUCUUAACAGUUAUUCAGUUAUUAAAUGAAGUUUUGAAAAUAAUGAAAUAUGAACAUUGUCAGGCUGACCAAGCAAGACUGACAAUUGACCUUCACUACCUUGAAAAAGAGACCAGAUUUCAGAGAGAAAGAUUAUCAGAUCUGAAGCAAAUGAGGUAUAAAAUAAAAGAAGAUCUUAUAACUAUAAGACGUUCUAUUGUUGAGAAACAAGGAGAAUGGUAUAAGAAGUGGAAAGAAUUUCUUGGUCUGUCUCCGUUCAGUCUAAUUAAAGGUUGUACUCCAGCUGUGGAUCUUUUACCACCCAUGUCUCCCCUUUCAUUUGAUCCUGCUUCAGAAGAAGUAUAUGCAAGGAGUAUUCUUUUUAAGUACCCGGCUUCACUUCCAGAUACAUCUAAACAAUGUAACCAAGAAAAUGAUUGCAGAAGAGAGAAGGAUACAUGGGGAACUGUAAAUGAGCUAGCCAACAGCCCUGCCUCCUUUCUUUUGCAGUCAGCUCCAUUAUCAGACAGAAAUAGUGUUACACUUCUUGAAAAGGACAUGAAGAUGAGAACUCCCAGAGAGAAAGAUGAAACAAUUUCUAAGAAAACACCUGAAUCUGAAAUGGAAGACUCUCCAUCAUCAGAUAUUGCAAAAAAUUCAGAGAGUAGUGCAGUUGGGGGGUCUCUGCCAGCCCAAAAAAGUGAUCCAUUCCAAAAAGAGCAAGAGCAUCUGGUAGAAGAGGUUGCCAGGGCAGUUUUAUCUGAUUCACCAAAGCUCUCUGAAGGAAAAGAUGUAAAAUUAGAGGAGUUAAUUGACUCUCUCAUUUCUAACCCGUUCUUAACGAGGAACCAAAUUCCCCGAACUCCAGAAAACUUGAUAAGUGAAAUUAGAAGUUCGUGGAGAAAAGCUAUUGAAAUGGAAGAUGAUGGAAGUACAGAACCAAUUCAGAUGGAUACUGAACAUAAAGAAGUUUUGCCAGAAUCCGUACCUGUGUUACAUAAUCAAACAGAAUUUAACAUGGCCAGUUUUCUUUCCACAACCACUGUAUCAGAUUUUAGUCAAUCUCAUUUGCCUGAAGAAAAAGUUGUUUCAGAUUGCCUCAAGUGUGUGUCUCAGAAACAUAUGGCAGCCAGUCACCUAGGUGACCCACCAACACAGAAUCAGUCAGAUUUGUUAAAUAAGAAAAUAAUUUGCGAGCAAGAUUCAGAAUGUAUGGCUUUACGGACCAAGCUGUCAGAAACUAGCCAAAUAUUCUCCCCUGCUGUACACAAUAGGAUAGAUGCGAUGGGUGGCAGUGAAAAGGAGUCUGUUGAAAUGUCAGACCACUUGCAAGCUUCUUAUAAAGAACCUUCCAUGCAAAAAACUAUGUUAUGGAACUCUUUUCAAAUAUCAAGUGGAAUUAGUUCUAAGAGUUUUGAUACUGAUUUUGGUAUAUUACAUGAAACUCUUCCAGAAGAAGUUGGUCACCUAAGUCUUAAUAGCUCCAAUAAUACAGAGGUCAGUUUUGAACUGGAACCAAAUAGUCCUAGGCAUAGUGGCAUUUUUCCAGAAGAUGUUGUGGGAGAAAUACGGACUACUCCAAAAUCAGAUUUCAAUUUGCAGGCUAUUUGCAGUAGAUACGAGGCUGUGAAAAAAUCUCUUUCCAAGAAGAAGGAAGAAUCUUAUCUCUCUUAUCCUGAAACACUUGAAAGACACAAAUCAGAAUUGAAUCUUACUCCCAAUAACCUGCAAACAGAUGAUAUGUUUAACUUUUUGGACACUCGAGGCUCGCACGCUGACUAUACAAAACCAUCUUUACGCAACUCCCUUGGUGAAAGAAAACGGUCUCUUUCACCACUAAUUAAGUUUUCUCCAGAGGAGCAAAGAUUGAGGACCACAGUACCACGUAGUCUUGGAGAAUUUCUACCUAAUUUAAAAGAAGAAGAAAUCCUGAAUAAGUCUUGAUGCAGAACAAUCUCCGUCUGAUUUGAAAAGAUAAUAAAGCAAUAGUACAGUUCACUAUGAUGCACUUAAAUGAACUUGUGGCACAGAAUAAAAACUAAAUUGUAAUUUAAAUACACAUUGGAAAUGUAACACUUUCUUUUUCAAAGUCUAAAAGUUCUUAAAUGCCUUUUAGCCUCCUCUAAUAUUUUUAGGUAAGGAAGUAUGUUUGGAUUUUCUCUGUUUAUAGCAGGAACAUGGGGUUGAAAUGUGAAAUAUUUAGAAAGCAAAAUGGAGAGUUAUGCAAAGACAUUUUGAUUUCUUGAAUAAUGUAAGCAUUAAGUAAAUGGCGAAAGUUGUAGUUUAAUUUAUUAUGUUGUAAUCUCAGUUCAUUAACAUAAGGGUGAGUAGUUUUUGAUGUUCUUUCAUUAAGUGGUUAAUGGAAUAGCCAUUGGAUAUACUGAUCUUUCCUUUUAGAGAAAUGUAUAACUUUUGUUUCUUUAUGGAACAUUCUGGUACUAACAGAAAAUGUGAGAAAAGUAGUGCCUUCUGAGUAUAGUCAAGAUGACAAAGCUUAAGAUUGAGAAAACUCUAAAUAGGCUUAAUGAUUAUUAGAUUGGUCCUGAGAAAUGAUGUUUGAUGGAAUAAAGUGCAUGUGAUGAUAAGUGAAGACUGGCGCAGAGUAAAUUUAGAAAAAAA